AUGAUGGAAGAAAAGUUAGUGCUUGUUAGUGGCGCUUCUGGAUACCUUGCUUCGUGGUGCAUUAAACUUUUAUUAGAAAGAGGUUAUCGAGUUCGUGGCACAGUAAGGAGUCUUAAAAAUCCGCAAAAGGUGGAUCCAGUUCGAAAAUUGGAGCCAACCGGGAAACGGCUCGAGCUUGUUGAGGCUGAUUUGAUGAAAGAUGACACUUGGCCAAAAGCAGUGAAAGGCUGUGAUUAUGUGCUUCACGUGGCUUCUCCACUCGUUGUCGGUGGAUCGCAGAAAACGGUGGACACGGCGAUUCAGGGGGCAACGAGUGUGCUGAAGGCUUGCGGUGAUGAAUUAUCAGUGAAAAAAGUGGUUCUUACGAGCAGCUCAUUGGCAAUUUGCGAUGGCCACAAUCCACCAAAAGAAUAUUAUGAUGAAAACGAUUGGACAUAUAUUGAGGAAUCAACAUGGUACACGAAAAGUAAAAAGUUGGCUGAAGAAGCUGCAUGGAAACUUUACAAAAGCGGAGAACUUAAGAAUAAAUUCGACUUUACAGUGAUCAAUCCCGGUUUUAUCGUCGGACCACCGUUAGUCGAUGAUAUUGGAACAAGUGUACAGUUAGCAAUUCAACUAAUGACAAUGCCGAUGCUGCCAAAGAUGGCCUUCAACUCGAUUGACAUACGUGAUGUGGCUGAGGCUCAUAUCCGUGCUCUGGAAAGACCGGAAACAAACAAUCAUCGUAUUGCGGUCACUGAAGAGGAUCCAGUAUCAAUGAAAGAUUUCGGGAUAAGAUUGAAAAAGGUUUUUGGGCCAUUAGGCUAUUCGCCGACUACUGGAACUCUACCACAAUUCGUUGUGAAAAUCGGCUCUUUCUUCAGCGCCGAUAUGAUCGAUGUGCUCAAAAUGCAAUGCUACAUUCGUUUUAAUAAUACAAAGAUGAGAGAACUUCUUGGAAUGUCCCCAAGGAGUACUCUUGAUGGAAUGGUCGAUAUGAUCGAUGAGCUCAUCAAUCGAGGACACAUCAAAAAGACGGCAAGAUGGGAAGCGAACAAGUUGAAAUCAUUGGCACAUACUUCA